CGGGUUUAGGGGCGACGGCUGCUGGGGAAAAUAAGACGGAGCGCGCGCACACACACACACACACACACACGGAGAGAAAGAGAGAGACACACAGAGAGAGAGAGAGAGAUAGAGAGAUAGCAGGCCUCGGGUUGAGGAAGACGUGGAUUAAAACGAAACACACAGCUGGUGCCAUGGAGGAGGAGUGUUAGAGCAGGACAUGAGGACACGGGGACAUGAGGACACGAGGACAUGCUGGGGGACCCACUGAGGAUCUGUUAGGGAUCUGUUAGCGCUGGGCUGGAGAGAGGAGCUGAUCUGCUGUUACUAAAAAUACAAGGAGAGAGAGCAACUAUUUUCUUCCUGCACACACACACACACACACACACAUACAUACACACACACACACUGGCUGCUCUGUAAGCGACUUCCCUUUGCCCUGAUCAUCUGUUUCUUCACACUCUUACCCCGAGGACGGACAGACUGAGAGGAGAAGACUGAGAGAGGAAGGACAGGAGACAGGAGGAGUGUAGCAAAGAGCUCUCCCUGGUCCUGUGAUUGACAGCUCGGUGUGUCUGGAAUGCCGCGGUUAGGAUGCAGCCCCCGAGCGAGUCGUGUGCAGCCCUGCUGGGCCGUGAUUGGCCACUGGCCUCGUCUGGGCGGAGCCUGAGGGUAGACCCCGCCUGUUUCUCCUGGGUGCUUCACUGACACUCCGCCCCUUUGGCCUUUGUUCUCUUCCUGAGUAGGAAUGCUGUUGUUGCGUCCCACGAGCAGUGUUGGAGAUGGACGAACUCUGGGGAUAGGCUCAGGGUCAGGGGGCAAAGGUCAACACGGAUGGACACAGUCAAGAGCGAGCUGGAGCGUGUGUGUUGUGCUGCAGGGCAUCAUGGGAAACUAAUCCUAAACCGGACCUCUGGGAUCUGAAAGCGUCUGGUUCUCCUGUUUCACUUCGCUGAACUUUGUAGAACUUAAAAGAAAAAUAAUAAAAAAAAGGAAAAUAGUAUAUUUGUACACAUAUACACAACUAUUAAUUAAAACAGGACUGUUUUUUAAAAGAAAACAAAAGAAAACAAGUGACCAUGCGUCAUUUCCACGUGGAGCCGGUCCGUAAGGAGGCUCGCGCCGGGGACCUGCCUCCGCCCAGCGACCCCCAGGUGACCUUCGACCCCCAGCUGAGACCUUUAAACCAGGAGGAGCUGCGGCUGCAGAAGGUGUAUCAGCUGUCCAUCUUUUCCCAGAGAGGGGGGUUUAAAGGGGGAACCAAGCGCGCCUUCGAGGAGGACGUCUCAGACCCCGUCGUCUCCCCCAAACGCCUCCUCCAGGGUGACGAAGAGGACGAGGACGACGAUGAAGAACUCGAAGGGGAGGUGCUGUGUGGAAGAGGCCACGCCCCUUUUCUACCACCCCUUCCUGCAAAAGAUGCUUUUGCCCCGCUGUCACCGAAAUCGCCACCCAUGCUGGACCCUCACGUUCCCCCAGCUGACCCCGUGGAGCCGGCGCAGCCCUCGCGUCCACCCUUAACCCCGGGCGAGGCUGCAGAGUGGGGGGCGGAGCGUGAAAAGACUCCACCUCCCUCGGAAAAACAGCCCCACCCACCGUCGCCCCCCUCCUGCUCCAACGGGUCGAGCGCGUCAGACAGGAGCGGCGAGCUAAAGAGGAAGAAGCUGCUGUCGUUCGGUGACCUCGGGGACUCGUGCUCGGAGGACGAGGGACCCUCAACAUCCAAGCGCUGCCGUCUGGCGCUCACACCCGGGAUCGGAGUGGCGCUGGGGCGCAGCACUGACUCCAAGGCUGCCCCCUACUGGACACACCUCCUGCCCGCAGCCAGAGAGCAGGGCAAAAGCUCGGCUGAGUGUUCCCGAACGUCGCAGAGGCUAAAGACCAGCUCUCGCCUCAAAUCUCGUCAACUGCGUAGUGGCAGACGCACCGACACCAGUCGCUCGUCCUGUUCGUCGUUAGCCGUUAGCAGGUCGCUCCUGGGAAACUUUGAGGAGUCGAUCCUGAAGGGUCGUUUCUCUCCGUCAGGACGAAUCGAGGGCUUCACGGCUGAGAUCGGGGCGAGCGGCUCGUACUGUCCCAAACACGCCACUCUACCUGUACAGGUGACCUACUACGACACGUCUGAGCACAGCGCGCCCUCGCCCUUCCUGGGUGUGAUUUCUCUGGAGCCGCUGGGAAAGAAAGGAUACAGUGUACCCAAAGCAGGGACCAUUCAAGUGACCUUAUUCAACCCCAAUAAGACUGUGGUAAAGAUGUUCCUGGUGACCUACAACUUCGGGGACAUGCCUGUCAAUCACAUGACCUUCCUGCGCCAUCGCAUUUUCCUGGUGCCUGUGGAGGAAGGGGCGGAGUCAGGGUCGGGGUCUGAUGGCACCGCCCGCGACAGGAAGAAGAUUCUAUGCUACCUGAUACACCUUAGAUUCCAGAGCUCCAAAUCUGGAAAGAUCUACUUGCACAACGAUAUCCGGCUGCUAUUCUCCCGCAAGUCCAUCGAGGUGGACACGGGAAUCCCUUACGAACUCAAGUCCUUCACCGAGGUGCCAAGAAACCCCAAAUACUCCCCGCGUGUGUGACCCGGCGCCCCCCCCCCCCCCGACACACACUGCAGGACCGAUGUGUAGAAAAAAAAAAAGAAAUUUAAAUAUUGCCUUCUGAUUUUAAGAACAGCUUAUCUUGAAUAUGCGCACACACACACACACUUGCACUCACACACUAUACACACCAGACUGACGGCCUCUCCGCUGACGUAGCCUUGUGACUGAAGGGAGCGUUCCUCCUAGACAUGGUGUGUUUGCCUUGUCUAAGCCCCGCCCACUCGUGACUGGGGGGGCUAGCGCGGUCGGACCGAUCGGAGGGCAGGCAGUGUCCUGCGCAGAGACUGAAGUGAAUAUGGGACGUGGCCUAUAGACUGAUCUGUUGUCAUCCGUAACGCCACUCGGUUACCAGUGGGAGGAGCUUCAGAGAAGGAUGUCGAUGGAGAAACAGGAAGUGAUGCGGAGGGGAAACGGACUCGGGAUCUUUACACCGGAGAGGACGACUAACUGUGUUAGCAUUAGUAAACUGUAUCGGGAGCGCAGGACGCCACAACACUGGACUCGAGCAGGAAUGCUACUGCCACCUGCAGGCUGGCUUUAGUACUGCCAUGAGAAAGAAAACAACGCGGCAUAACAAAGGCCUUUAAAUCGAAGCGAGGGCACUGUAAUUACAGAAUCACGCCAAAUGUCACACACGUCUGUCAUGUAGCUAGCUGAGUUAGACACGCCCUGUUCAUUAAAGCCCCAGUGUAGGCGCUACAGGCCGGGGUUAAGACUGUCACCACUGUAAGUUUGAUUAGCGAUGAUGCUUCUGGAAAUUUAUCACUAUAGCUAUUUGUUAGUUUCGAGAGUUUUAACCACGAGCAUGGCAGCUGUUUGAAUUCUGCCUGGAGACGAGCUAAAUCAUUUUGGCUAAGUAGAUUAAACCACAAGUAAGACUGAUGAAAACCAGUUUAGUACCCCAGUCUUUUCAGCUCCUAAAGUACCACAACUGACAAUAACGGGUCAUUUAGCCGGCCAGCACACUGUCAGGUGGUUAACACACUUGUUCUGAGGUGGCUGGUUAAUAACUGAUUGUUUUUUGGAGGUAAAAAUCUCUGAACAAAUUCUUCUGACGUUGUUUUUAGUUUUUUUGUUUCAGCAGGUGCUGCCACCUUCAGGCUGGAUUUAGUACUGCAAUCGAAGGGCUUUGAAUAGUAAAAUUCCACUACGGAAAAACGCAAGCUAGGAUUUUUUGGGGGGGCUUUGAUUCGUCUUGAUUGUGGCUUAGAGAGCAGAAAUGGCCAUUAAGUUUCAGUAGCUUUAUUAAAUUUGUCUUGUAGUAACAUGAGUAAAUCCCUGAUGAGGGAGAUUCAGAGCACACACACUUUACUGUUGUGUACAAUCAUUUUUUUGCAUGUAUUCUGAUCAUGCUUCUCCUCACACGCCGCAGCGUCUUUUACACCAUCACAUUGACAACACAAACCUGUACACACACGCUAUCCGAGAGCUAGCAAACUUUUCAUUGUUUUUCUACAAGACCAUUUCAUUUUAGUUUUAACUCCUGUCCUUUUGAUCCGAAAUGAUGCCCUCGUGGUCAGAAAGAGUCCAGGUUGUGGUAGCGUCUGUGCCCCCUGCAGGAACCAAGUGGUAGUGUUUAAUUUAACUUUCUAACAGAGAGGGGGGGGGGAAUCAGAGUGUAAUCUGCUGCACACUUACAGGGCUGUGUGUUAUUUUUCUUCUGGGGGAGUUGAAG